UUCAGAUUUGUUAAUCUUGUUCCAUAUCCGCAAGGUAGGUCGUAGGGGGUUGGUGACGUAGCAACGAUAGAUAUUUAUCUGGUGCUACUUUUAAGUUUCUGUCAGCAGAAAUGGUGUCUUCCACGGUUGAAAACACGGAACCUGAUCCUACGACCUUUGAUGACGUCACACCGGAAGUUAGUAACGUCACACCUAAGGAUAAUGACGGAGCGCGUGAGGAUAGUGACGUCACACCGCCACCGAAUGUGCCCAAGAAGUAUAAAACCACUGACGACACCCCUUCUUCUUUAUUGGUCGACGGUUGUUCACCCAAUAUGGAAACGCAGGCUACACCCGCACACGUGACCGUGACCGUUCAUGCGGAACAGUGCGAUGAUGUAGACGACCGCGGCAGUAACUAUGACAACGCUGAAACCGAAAGCUUGCUUGAGACCAGUGACGUCACGAUAAAUGAUGACGUCACGACUAACGAUAACGUCACAGAGGUGACGUAUGAGGUGCCGGAAGCGACAGUUAUUGACGUAUCGGGCAGUUCAAGACAGGACUCUUGGGAAAGAUUAAAGUUAGCUUCAAACGAAAAGAAAAUCAAAUCAUCUGAAGCAGUCGCUGCGCUUGGGAACCGAAACCAACACAGCCGACAUUCCGAAUCUCCUCUCGGCUACAAAAGCUGGUUAUUACGACUGAGCAGACGAAGAAGAUUAGAAGUUCUUAUCGGAGUUGGAUUAUCCUUAUGGCUGGCAUUCUUCGUUGUUCUUGCCAUAUUUAUGAACGGCAAAUCGUCGAAAACCUCUAGCGAUAACUUUAACUACAGUGGAACGAAACUCACCCCACCACAGAAAGGAAACCAUGGCCUAAACUUCACACACACAAACACCCACCCACUACCCAGCGCAACUACUACUGUUACCUUCACCCCGACCCCAACCCUCAAAAACUUUCCAUCUAAAGACGACAGCCCUCCUCAAGUCAACCCCACUGUAUCCGCCAAUCCAAGUAACGAAUUCAAACCAACUAAUCGAAGACCAGAUAAAACUACAGCAGUCUCGACCGAAGGAAACGCUAAAAAAUCUCAAACAACUGAAUCGUACAAUGCUAUACCCACAACCCCUAAAACUUUACCCACCACACCCACAACCCCUGAAACUUUACCCACUACACCCACAACCCCUGAAACUUUACCCACUACACCUACGGCCUCUAAAGCUUUACCCACCACACCCACAAGCCCUAAAGCUUUACCCACUAUACCCACAAAUCCUACAACCUCGUCCGCUAACGUUCACGAAUCAACCACGAUGGCACUCGACAAAAUGAAACAAAUGUUUUCAGGCAAAGAUGCAAGCUCAAGUUACAUCAUCGGUGUUGGCCGGGCCGACAUUACGGGACCUGCAGCAGAUGUGAAUAUGAUGGGUUAUGCGAACCCCAACCAAGUGUCUGGUGGACUUCAUAUGCGACAAUACGCUCGUGCCUUCCUAGUUCAACAAGGUCGUAACCGUAUAUUAUUUGUCAACGUUGAUGCUUGCAUGGGGUCCCUACUUGUAAAACUAGAGGUCUUAAAGGUUCUCAAGCAGAGAUAUGGAAGUUUGUAUGAUGCAGGCAAUGUUUGUAUAAGCGGGACUCACACUCAUUCAGCCCCUGCAGGUUUUCUUCAAGAUGUGUUAUUUCAAAUCACUUCUAUGGGUUAUGUGCCUGAAACACUAAAAGCAAUGGUUGAAGGCAUUGUUGAGAGCAUUCAUAUUGCACACGAAAGCGCUGCCCCUGGAAAAAUACUUAUGAACAAAGGCGAGUUAUUGGAUUCUAAUAUCAACAGGAGCCCACUUGCUUAUAUUAAUAACCCGGAACAAGAAAGAGCAAGGUACAAGUAUAAUGUGGACAAAGACAUGAUAUUGCUCAAAUUUAUUGAUGCCAAUGGAAAAGGUAUUGGAAUGAUCAAUUGGUUUGCUGUCCAUUGCACAAGUAUGAAUAAUACCAAUUCCCUUAUAAGUGGUGAUAACAAAGGUUAUGCUGAGCUGUUGUUUGAAGAGGCAAUGAAUCCAGGUUCAAAACCCGGGGAAGGGAGUUUUGUUGCAGCGUUUGCUCAAAGCAACGAAGGAGAUGUGUCACCUAAUACUAGAGGACCUCACUGUAUAGAUACAGGUGUUCCAUGUGAUAACGUACACAGUACAUGUGAUGGUAAAGUUCACAACUGCAUAGCAAGUGGACCAGGAAAAGACAUGUUUGAAAGUACAAAAAUUAUUGGGAAAAAUCAGUUUGAUAAAGCAAUGAGCUUGUACAAGAAUGCAAAGAGCCAUGUGACUGGACCAGUACAUGCAGUACAUCAAUAUAUCAACAUGACAAACCAGACUGUUACCUUAAACGCCACCCACACAGCCACAACAUGCAAACCUGCAAUGGGGUUCAGUUUUGCAGCGGGAACUACUGACGGACCUGGAGUUUUCGACUUUAAACAAGGGGACACAAGUGGGAACGGAUUCUGGAAAAUAGUUCGUAACUUUUUACACGGACCGUCUAAAGAACUUUCAGCUUGCCAUUCACCCAAACCUAUAUUACUUGCUACAGGGGAGAUGCAAUAUCCGUAUCCAUGGCAACCAGAUGUAGUCGACACGCAAUUGUUUAGGAUUGGUCAGUUUUUGAUUUCCGCUGUUCCAGGAGAGUUCACAACAAUGUCUGGGAGGAGAUUGUCGCAAGCUGUUCAAGAGGUUUUCACUGAAGCCGAACCAAAUGUUAAAUUUGAAAGUGUUAUUGCCGGUUUAUCGAACACAUAUUCGGAUUACAUUGCUACAUAUGAGGAGUAUCAUGUACAGAGAUAUGAAGGUGCUUCCACCAUAUAUGGCCCUCAUACAUUAGAAGCUUAUAUUCAACAAUAUAAGAGACUUUCACAGCAUAUGAUAAAGGACGCACCAUUAGGGCCAGGUGGUGAAGCUCAUGAUAUAAUAGACAAGUUGAAAUCAUUUGUAUUGCCUGUGAUAAUGGAUACAACUCCAUUUGGAUAUUCAAUGGGAGACACCAUUGUAGAUGCAAACGAUACCUAUUAUCAGGGGGAUACUGUAUCUGUUCAGUUUUACUCUGGCAAUCCAAGAAACAGCCCAACAUUCAAUAUGACUUUCCUUGAAGUUCAAAGACUUGUCAAUCAAACAUGGAAAGUUGUUUUAAAUGACGGAGCGUGGGAUACCAGAUUCAUAUGGGAGAGGUCUUCAUUUAUGGGAAACAUUCGUGGAAUAAGUGAAGCUACCAUCAAAUGGGACAUUUCACUUAACACACCACCUGGAAAAUACAGAGUUCAUCAUUAUGGGCAUUACAAGUGGGCGCUGAACCACAAGAUUUAUCCAUAUACUGGCCAUUCUAAAGUUUUUAAUGUACAACCACUGCCAUAAUUUAAGCUAUUGUAGUAGAAGCUAGGCUUGCUUUUCUGCCGUGUCUUCAAGACGUAACGUAUCAUGAAUCGCAAAUCCUUAUGACGGCGCUGUCUGAAGGGAUAUAAUGACCACUGAGUUGCAGCUUCUAUUUUAUACUCCACUUAUAAACCAAGCAACUGUGAAAAUUACAUUCCUCAAAUUAAAUCAAAAUUCUUAAACGCCAAGUUCACAACCCUAUUGAUCUGUUAAAUCUUUUACACAUUUUUUUAGAUGUGCUGCUAAUUUAAAUGUUUAGACAAUUUAUGCUGUUUGUAUUAAAGUUAUAUAUGUAUAAUUAAAGUUAUAUAUGUAUAAUUAUAUUUAUGUGUUUAAGUUCUCUUAAAUCACAAAAUUCAGUCUUGUAAUUAAUGAAGUUAUGUGUAUGUACUAUUUAAACAUUUUUGAGCUGUUUAUAGUGAUUUGAAUUGUUU